AAUGACGUCAUGACUUAACUAAUAUGGCCGCCCGGUGAACUUGUUUUCAAGUACAUGAAUUUUGCAAAGUAUUUUCAGAUUUAUCGAGGUGCUAUUUUUAACAAUUAUAUAAAAUGAUAAUUUCUACGAUAAUCAGACGGCUUGGACGAAGUAAUCCGGCAAAAAGGAGUGUAUGUCUCAUUACAUCUACUAGAAAUUAUUCUGAUUCACCAUCUGCAUUGGAAGCUUCUUUUACAACCAAAGGAUAUAAGCUACAUAAAUUAGAUGAAGGUCCAUCAACUGAAGUGACAGUCACCAGAGAAGAUGCCUUAACAUACUACAGACAGAUGCAGACCAUUCGUCGAAUGGAGGCUGCUGCCGGAAACCUUUAUAAAGCUAAAGUUAUCCGAGGGUUUUGUCAUCUGUAUUCAGGACAG